ACUGCAGAGCACCUUAAACCACAAGGAUCUUAACAGAAGUGGGGAAAAAUGCUCAGACUAGAGACCAUCAUUUGCACUUUUUCUGUGCUGUCUGUUGCAGCAAGAGCAGAUUUUAAGGUACGGAACUGCAGCGAGGUGAGGGAGGCUUGUAUCGGGAAAGGCUUCAGCUUCGCACAUGUUCCUCUCCAGGAGAUCCCAGGUGAACAUCUUCGGGUAUGUCCUCAGGGAAGCACAUGUUGCACCCAGGAAAUGGAGGACAAAUUUGGCCAACAAAGCAAACUGGACUUUGAGAAUCUAGUUGAUGAAAUAAGUCACGAAUUGAGAAGCACCUUUGUUUCAAGACAUAAAAGAUUUGAUGAAUUCUUCCUGGAGCUACUGGAGAACACAGAGAGGUCCCUGAAUGAGAUGUUUGUGAGGACUUACGGCAAGCCUUACAUGCAGAACUCAGAGGUCUUUGAGAACCUGUUCGCAGAGCUGAAGCGCUAUUACACAGGAGGAAAUGUUAACCUGGAGGAAAUGCUUAAUGACUUUUGGUCGCGGCUACUGGAGCGUAUGUUCACGCUCCUCAACUCCCAGUACGUCAUCACAGAGGACUAUCUGGAGUGUAUCAGCAAGUACACGGACCAGCUCAAGCCCUUUGGAGACGUGCCCAGGAAGCUCAAGGCUCAGGUUACUCGGGCAUUCAUUGCUGCACGCACAUUUGUCCAAGGGCUCUCUGUUGGCCGGGAGGUGGCCCAGAGAGUGUCUAAGGUAAGCAGCACUCCAGCAUGUAUUCGGGCACAGACCAAGAUGCUGUACUGCCCAUUUUGUCAGGGCAUGCCGGCAGUUAAACCCUGCAAGAACUACUGCCUGAAUGUUGUGAAGGGCUGCCUGGCCAAUCAAGCUGAUCUUGAUCCGGAGUGGAACCUAUACAUUGAUGCUAUGCUGCUUGUGGCACAGAGGCUGGAGGGACCUUUCAACAUCGAAUCUGUCAUGGAGCCUAUUGAUGUCAAGAUUUCAGAGGCCAUCAUGAAUAUGCAAGAUAACAGUGCCCAGGUCUCCUACAGGGUUUUUCAAGGCUGUGGCCAGCCAAAACCCGCAGGAAUGACUAGGUCUACGCGUGGUGUUUCGGAUGUGUUCAACGCUCGCUUCAGGCCCUACAGUCCAGAGGAACGGCCUACCACUGCAGCUGGCACAAGCCUAGACAGACUGAGGAUUGUUUGGAAUGCAAUGCAACACAGUGUGGUUGACAUAAAAGAGAAACUGAAGCUGUCAAAGAAAUUUUGGUCCAACCUGCCUGAGGCAAUGUGUGUGGAGGACAGAGUGACCGCUGGAAAUGCCAGUGAUGAGGAGUGCUGGAAUGGACACACCAAGGGCAGGUACUUCCCUGAAGUUCAAAAGGAUGGACUCACCAACCAGGUGAAUAACCCAGAGGUGGCCGUUGACAUCACCCGCCCAGAUACUCUCAUCCGCCAGCAGAUCAUGGCUCUGAGGGUGAUGACCAACAAGUUGAAAAACGCCUACAACGGGAAUGAUAUCUACUUUCAAGACUCAAGUGAUGAAGGUAGCGGCUCAGGCAGUGGCAGCGGCUGCACAGAGGUCUGCCCCACAGACAUGGACAGUGCUGCCACCGAAGCUCCGAUGGUGGAAGCCGACCGGAGCGGGCCUGUGGAUGACUCUGCCCCGCUCCGUGCACCCUCUCUAGCCCUGCCAACCAUUCUGGCCCUCUCAGCCCUGGCAGUCCACCGACAAUGGAGAUAA